GCCUCCUUGGCCCCAUGAUAAAAUGAUUCUCCCAGCAACCACUGUGCCCCAUAUUACUGUUAAGGAGGAAAUUGGACACAUUAGGUUAUUGGUAGUUCGUGCACAGGGCCUUCUUGGAACAGUUGUGGUGGAAUACAAAACAGUGUCACUGACAGCAUUCAGUCCUGAAGACUAUCAGAGUAUUGCAGGCACUUUGGAAUUUCAGCCAGGAGAAAGAUACAAGUAUAUUACUGUUAACAUCACAGAUAAUUCUGUCCCUGAACUGGAAAAAACUUUUAAGGUUGAGCUACUGAACCCAGAGGGAGGAGUUGCUGAACUCUUUAGAAAUGAUGGGAGUGGUAGUGGUGACGGGGACUUGGAGUUCUUCCUGCCUGCUGUCCAUCAACAUGCCAGCCUGGGAAUAGCAUCCCACAUCAUAGUGACCAUCGAUGCCUCUGAUGAUGCUCAUGGUGUGUUUGAGUUCAGCGCUGAGUCGCUCUCGGUCAGUGGGACAGAACCUGAAGAUGGAGACAGUGUAAUUGUGCUUCAGGUUGUCCGAAAUCAGGGGGCCUUGUCCUGUGUCACUUUGCAGUGGAUCAUAGUCUGUGAUCCUACUGAAGAUCUGAUCUCCACCUAUGGCAAUAUAACUUUUGAUAUAGGGCAAAGAAGAGCAAACAUAACAGUGCAAGUCUCACCUGAUGAGUAUCCUGAACUGGAUAAGAUGUUUUCUGUUUUGAUCAUCAAUGUUUCCAGUGGUCGUCUUGGAAUUCGUACUAAUGCUACAUUAACUGUUCUAGCUAAUGAUGAUCCAUAUGGAAUUUUCAUCUUUUCUGAGAAAAACAGACCAAUCAAAGUUGAGGAAGAAACCAAAAACAUCACCCUAACAAUAGUACGAUUAAAUGGUCUCCUGGGUUCAGUCAUGGUAACAUACAGAUCCGUGGGUGAUGAUGAAAAGUCACCCUAUCUGAAAUCAGAUGUUGCCAGAGCAACACAGGAAAGAGACUAUAUACCCAUUUCUGGAUUUGUGAUCUUCAGAGCCAAUAAAAGUGAGGCUAGCAUAACUCUUCCUAUUUUAGAUGAUAAGGAUCCAGAGAGAUCAGAAUCUGUGUUUGUGGAGCUACUCAAUAUUGCUUUGGUGGAAAGAGUGCAGGAUAGACCAAUUGUGAAUUCUCCUCGCCUUGGACCUAAGGGUGAUACAGUAGCUCAUAUAGUUAUCAAUGCCAAUGAUGAUGCUUUUGGAACACUUCAGCUCUCCGCUCCAGCUGUGCGAGUUGCUGAAAACUACAUUGGACCGAUCAUCAAUGUGACCAGAGCUGGAGGAAUAUUUGCAGAUGUUUCUGUGAAGUUUAAAGCUGUGCCAAUAACUGCAACAGCUGGUGAAGACUACAGUGUAGCCUCAUCAGAUGUUGUCUUGCUAGAAGGGGAAACCAGUAAAGCGGUGCCAAUCUAUAUCAUUAAUGAUAUCAACCCUGAGGAUGAAGAAAUCUUUCAUGUGCAGCUGCUGAAUCAGACAACAGGAGGAGCCUUGCUUGGAGCAUUGACUCAAUCAGUCAUUACCAUUGAGGCCUCUGAUGAUCCAUUUGGAUCUUUUGUUUUUCAGGUCAAUGAACUCACUGUGGAAGAGCCAGAGUUCAAUUCGGUAAUGGUAAAUUUGCCAGUAAUCCGUAAUGCUGGGACACUUGGCAAUGUUACCAUUCAGUGGAUUGCCACCAUUAAUGGACAGCUUGCUACGGGUGACUUGCGUGUUAUCUCUGGUAAUGUUACCUUUGCCCCUGGGGAAACCAUUCAGAUGCUGUUGUUAGAGAUCCUGGCUGAUGAUGAUCCAGAAAUCCAAGAGGUUAUCCAUGUGCAAUUAACCCAAGCCUCAAAUGGAGGUGCUAUUGGGUUAGAUGGCAUGGCAAAUAUUAUAAUACCUGCCAAUGAUAAUCCUUAUGGAACAGUCUGUUUUCAACACGCCUUGUACCGAAUUCAGGAGCCACUGGAAAGAAGUUCAUUUGCAAACAUAACUGUCAAGAGAAGUGAGGGAAGAUUUGGUGAACUGCAGGUGUUCUACAGUACUUCUGAGGUUGAUGUAGUAGCUCUUGCAAUAGAGCAAGGCCAGGAUAUGCUGUCCUACUAUGAAUUUCCUGUGCAAGGAAUUCCUAACCAGCUGUCAAGGACUAAAGUGAAUGUCUCAACUGCAAGUGAUCCAUUACACACCUGUGCAAUUCAGUGCCUAAAAGAACAAGCAUGUUUCGCCUUUACAUUCUCUAGUGCCUCUGGGUUUCCUUUGUGUUUUUGGCUGACAUCAUGGAUCAGCCAAGUAACCAAUAACUCAGGAUUCUGGACCUACAAAAAAAAUGUCACCAGUGUGUCCUCUCUUUUUGGUGCACAAGCCAUUGCUGGCAGUGACUAUGAAUCAGUUACAGGUCAAUGGGCCAUAAUGCUGGAAGGGGAACAGUUUGCAAAUCUCACAGUUACCAUACUUCCUGACAGUUUGCCAGAGUUGGAUGAGAAGUUUACUGUAUCCCUUUUGAAGGUUGAACUGAUGAACACCUCAGCCAGCUUAAAAAACCAGCCAAUGAUAGGAAAGCCAAAUACCUCCACAGUUGUCAUAACGAUGAAUGGAGAUGCCUUUGGAGUGUUUGUGAUCUACUGUGUAAAUCUCAAUGCAACAGAGAAAGGUCUAUAUGUGGAAGUUGAAGAACGUCCUCAGACCAAUGUGCAGCUUAUGAUACACAGAAAAGAAGGCAGCCUGGGACAGGUGACAGUGGAAUGGAGUGUGAUUGGUGGAACAGCUACCCAAAACUUGGAUUUUGUAGGUGGUGGUGAGAUUCUGGUGUUUGCUGAAGGUGAAACUAAAAAGAUGGUCACAUUGACCAUUUUAGAUGAUCCAGAGCCAGAGGAUAAUGAAAAUAUUAUAAUCAGCCUAACCCACACUGAAGGAGGAAGUCGUAUUCUUCCUAGCUCAGACACUGUCACUGUGGUUAUUCUGGCUAAUGACAAUGUGGCAGGAGUUAUUAGCUUUCAGACAGCCUCAAGGUCUGUUAUUGGUCAUGAAGGAGAAGAAUUGCAGUUCCACAUCCUAAGAACUGCUCCUGGACUGGGAAAUGUUACCGUUAAUUGGAAAAUUGUUGGACAUCGCCUAGAUCAAACCUUUGAAAACUAUUCUGGAGUACUUUUCUUUCCUGAGGAGUCAUUGAAUCUAACAUUCUGUGUUCAUCUGCUGGAUGACCAUAUUCCUGAAGAAAAGGAAGAAUACCAAGUAGUCCUAUUCGACAUCAGAACUCAAGGCGUUUCUUCAAUGGGUGCUGCUGUCCUGGACAGCCAAGGGUAUGAAGCUGUUUUGACAAUAGUGGCCAGUGAUGAACCACAUGGAGUUUUGAACUUUGCUUCUUCAUCCAGGAUGGUUUUGAUCCAAGAGGCAAACAAAACUAUUCAACUUUUCAUCAGCAGAGAAUUUGGAUCUUUAGGUGUUAUCAAUGUUACAUAUGCAACAGUGCCAGGAUUGCUCAGAGUAAGGAAUCAGACAGAAGGGACCUUAGCUGAACCAGGAGUUGAUUACAUACCUGUGUCUGGUUGGCUGCUUUUAGGGGAAGGAGAAACAUCAGCUUCUAUAAAUGUUACUAUUCUAGAGGAUGAUAUACCAGAAGUGCAAGAAUUCUUCCUGAUUAAUUUAACAUCUGUUGAAAUUGUCAUGAAUCCUUUGAUGUCAUUCCCUCCCAGACUGGAAAUGACUGAGUUGAUUCAUUACAGACUGAAAGAUGCAGAAGGCUUGGCGGCUCAGAUUAUUAUAGAUGCCAAUGAUGGAGUGAGAGGAGUAAUUGAAUGGCAGAAUACCAAUUUUGAAAUAGAUGAAAUCCAUGGGGGUCUGACAUUAGUAGCAUACCGUAACAGAGGAUCUUCUGGCAAUGUGUCUUUGUUUUUCUAUGCCCAGAAUCUAGAAGCAAAACUGGGACUGGAUUUUAAUGUGACGUCAAGGAUGCUCUCUUUUGCUGAUGGAGAAAGGUAUAAAUACAUUGACGUCAUGAUUUUUGAUGAUGAUAUUCCUGAAGGUGAUGAGAAAUUCCAGUUAAUUUUAACAAAUCCUUCCUUGGGGCUGGAACUAGGAGAGAACACAACGGCCACAGUUACCAUUCUUGCCAGUGAUGAUGGUCAUGGAGUUUUGUCAUUCAACAACAGCGAUCACUUUUUCCUAAGGGAGCAGACAGCUCUCCACUUGAUGGAAAGUGUUGCUGUACUGAACAUUAUUAGAGAACCUCCCCAGGGGAUAUUUGGCACUGUGACUGUUCAAUAUCUUGUGAGAGAAAUAAAUUCUUCAGCUGCAUCAGUGGAUCUGACCCCUUCACAAGGAUAUAUCAUACUGGAAGAGGGAGUCAGAUUCAAGACUCUGCACAUUUCUGCCAUACUAGAUGAAGAACCAGAAAUGGAUGAACAUUUUAUUGUCACUCUCUUCAGCCCAAUGGGAGGAGCCAGACUUGGCACAAGAGUGGAAACUAUGAUCACGGUGUUACAGAACCAGGCCCCAUUGGGGCUUUUUAGUAUCUAUCCAGUUACAAAUAGGACAAGUUCUCUGAUAGCUGAAGAAGCUAACAGUACCCUUUAUUUGAAAGUAUCCCGAAGUAAUGGGCUCAAUAUGUCUGUGAGUGUGGAGUGGGAGACCCUCUCCAAUACUGCAUUCGGCAUAAAGGGUGGUAUCAGCGUGCUGUCUGUCUUACAAAGUUUUGUGGAAGAGUCAGUAUCUAGCUGGUGUUUCUUUACAUCAGGAGAGUCUUUAUAUGGUGUUCUAUUGCGGACCUCACCAGCUAGCUUUUCUUCUAUCUAUCAGUGGAGAGGAGUUUUUGUUCCCAUUGAGGACUUCAGUAUAUGGAAUCCUCAGAGCUGUGUGACAUUUCACAUCAAUGGUGCUGCCUUUCUAGUGAUUACUCAUGGAGUAUCCAAACAAGAAUCUUCCAACCAUCGUGUGUAUACAUUCACACCUGGACUCCGGGUACUACUGAUACAGACUCUCUCAGUGCCAGAAACCAGAGAUGUAAAACACUUCACUGUUGAAAGAAAAGAUUAUUUAAUUAUUGCAAGUCAUACAACUGACUCCAAAUCCAUACAGGUUUUCCAGUGGAAUAAUGGCUUUUUUAUAUUGCAUCAUCAACUCCCAAUUUAUGGAGCUCUGCACAUGGCCCUAUUUCCCAGAGGAGGUUUUAUGUACCUAGCAGUUUCUCUGUCGAAUUCAAGCCUGCACCCCCUUCUGUACCAAUGGGCAGAUAAUGAGUUUCAAAAACUUCAUCAAGUGCCAGUAAAUGGAAUAACUCACAUGGAGGCCUUGACUUUUGGGUCUGAUAUCUAUUUAAUAGUUGCAAAAGAAUCCAGUAAUUCAAGUGAAGUUUUUGUCUGGGAGACAGGACAAUCUUCCUUCAGGCAUUUUCAGUCCCUUUCUUCUAGCGCUAUAAACAAAAUCCACACCUUCAUGCCUCCUUCAGGUUUAGUCCAUGUGCUACUAGCUGGUAAGGAUAGAUCAGCACUGUAUUCCUGGAAUUCAGAAGUAAACCAGUUCUCUCUCGUGCUGGAAGCACCUCCUGCUAAUCAUAUCACUUCAGUUACUAUGAGAUCACUUAACUCCAACAAAAGUCUAAUUGUUCUGUCUGGAGAUUCUUACUCCCAGAUUUAUGAACUGACCAAAGUCUCCAAUGAGUCAGAUUUUAUACCUAGUUCAGGUGAAUUGAUAUUUGAUCCUGGAGACAUGGAAGUUGUGCUGGCAGUUAAUAUCCUUGAUGAUGUAAUCCCAGAAGAAGAAGAAUUUUUCACAGUGUGGCUGAAAAACCCCAAAGGAGGUGCAGAGAUUGGUGCUAGUGGUUAUGUUAACAUAAUUAUUCCCUCUAAUGACAAUGCUCAUGGAGUCAUUGCAUUUGCUCAGAAUUCUUUAUCUAAGCAAGUUGAAGAAAUGGAACAAGACAACUUAAUCACCUUGAAUAUUGAACGUUUAAUAGGAACGUAUGGCCGAGUUACAGUACAGUGGAUAGCCAAUGGGAGCAUUAAUGAUAUAUUUCCAGCAUCAGGAAUGAUAACAUUUUCAGAAGGUCAGGCCCUGUCCACAAUCACCCUGACUGUUCUUGCAGACAACAUUGCAGAGCUUUCUGAAACUGUUGUUAUAACAUUCACCCAUGUCACUACUGUGGGUAUUAAGGAUCCCAUGAGAGGAGCCAUCAUAGACCCUAAGAGAGCACGAGCUGUGCUUACCAUUUUGCCUAAUGAUUCUCCCUACGGUGUAGUUGGCUGGCAUACGGACUCUCUCUUUGCUAAAGUAGCAGAGCCUGAAGAGAAUCCUACUAUUGUUACUUUACAAAUUCUUCGAGAACAAGGAUUUGUUGGAGAUAUUGCAGUACAGUUGAGCGCCAAACCUAAUUUUGCCCUUCAGCCUUUCAACCAAGCCACGGAGAAUAAGGAUUAUGUGAUAGAAAAAGAAACAAUAAUUAUGGCAGAGAACACAAUCACGACUUACGUUAUAGUCACCAUUUUGCCUGAUAAUGUUCCAGAAUUACAGGAAGGAUUUGUAGUCAAUAUUACUGAUGUGCAUCUGGUAGAUUCUUCUCUUGCUGAAGGGCAGCCAAGUGUGAAGAGACUUGGGUUAGAAAUAGCUGAGGUAACAAUUGAAGAGAAUGAUGACCCCAGAGGAAUAUUUAGUUUCAAUGUUAUGAAGGAUUUUAGUGGAGCAGUUGCUGGUUAUGAGGUGCCUCCACCACAGAAUAUACUGAAGCUGCCAGUUGUUCGGAAGGCUGGGAGGUUUGGGUCAGUAAAACUAUACUGGGAAGCCAUGCCUGCCAGCGCUAGCGUGGAAGACUUUACGCCAUCAUUUGGAAACCUUACAUUUGCAGAUGGACAAGCUGCAGGGGUGAUAGAGAUCACAAUCAUAGAUGACACUGCAAUAGAAUUUUUAGAGCUGUUCAACGUCACUUUAAUCAGGGUGACAGGUGGUGCCAGACUUGGGGAUGACACUGUGGUGACUGUCACUAUUCCACCAAAUGACUCUCCUGUUGGCGUGUUUGGGUUCGAAGAAAAGAAUGUGACAGUUAAGGAGCCCCAGUCACCUGGAGACUCUGCUGCAACUGUGUUGCUGACUGUGAGUCGGAGUCAAGGAGGACGGGGGGCAGUCCGAAUGAUAUGGAUUUUGGAGGAGGCAGCUAGAUAUGAUCUCACUCCUCUGAAUGGAACUCUUUACUUUAAUGAGACUGAAUCCCAGAAGACAGUUGUUUUACGAGCGAUACAAGAUGGCCUACUGGAGGGGAAUGAAAUGUAUACCAUUCAGCUGGUGUCUACUGAUAAUGCAGAGAUAUCCCCAAUAAACGGUCUGGCAACCAUCAUUAUUCUGGGGGAUCAGGGAGCUUCUGGGGUGGUUGGGAUAGCUCCAUCUUCCAACCAUAUUCUCAUUGGGGAACCCUCAGGAAAGUAUAACGGAACUGCUUUUAUUAGCCUAGUACGUGGCCCAGGGAUUUUUGGGGAGGUCACUGUGUACUGGAAUAUAACUCCCCCUCUACAGAAGGAAUUUGCUGAGGUAUCAGGGACCUUGACAAUGCGAGAUAGGCAGUCUGCAGCUGUUAUACUAAUACAGGCUAUAGAUGAUAACCUUCCUGAAGAGAAGAGUUGCUACCAGUUUCAUCUAUCUAGAGUCAGUGAUGGAGGAGUCAUAAAUGAGUCUACUAGCAUAGCAAAUAUCACCAUGGUUGCUAGUGACUUCCCCUAUGGGCAAUUUGCAUUUUCACAGGAAACUCUUCAGACAACAGAAGAAGAAAAAUCGGUUAACAUCACUAUUGUCCGUUCCAGUGGGUAUUAUGGUCGAGUGCAACUCUGCUAUUGGACAUUAAAUGGGACUGCAGAGGAGAGCAUGGAUUUCACUUCCUCGUCAGGGGAGCUUAUGUUUGAGCCAGAUGAGACUACUCAAAGGAUUUCAGUUGAAAUCCAUGAUGAUGACCUUCCUGAAGGUCCUGAAGAAUUUUCAGUAACAAUUACCAAAGUAGAGCUCCAGGGAAGUGGAUUUGAUUUUGCUGUUAGAGAAAAUGGACUGCAAGUGGACCAGCCCCCUGGGAUAGGAAACAUCUCCACAGUUCACAUCAUUAUAAUGAAAAAUGACAAUGCAGAGGGCAUCAUUGAGUUUGAUCCGUGGUAUAUCACUCUGCAAGUGGAAGAGGAUGUUGGAAUGAUCAUGAUUCCUGUAGUGAGAAAGCGUGGAACUCAUGGCUAUGUGACAGCUGAUUUUCUCUCUCAAAGUAUUUCUGCACUUCCUAAUGGUAUUGACUACAGUGUCAAUAAUAACUCAGUCAUCUUUCAUCAUGGCCAGAACCAGAGUUUUAUCAGUGUCUCUAUUACAGAUGAUGAUGAAAGGGAGUUUGCAGAGCAGUUUGAAAUCCAGCUGAUAGGAGCCACCGGAGGAGCAGUCCUUGGGCUCCACCUAGUGAGUCAAAUCACUAUUGCUAAGAGCGACUCCCCUAAUGGACUUGUACGAUUCCUCAACCAAAGCCGAAUUAUUGUUCCAAACCCCAGUUCCUCACUGACACUGUCCUUGGUGCUGGAAAGAACUGGAGGAUUGAUAGGAGAAACUCAGAUUAAUUGGGACAUUUUAGGACCCAAUUCAGAAGAGGCAUUAUCCCCCCUGAGCAGUGACAUUGGUGACCCUGUGAAUGGAUCAUUCUAUUUUAGAGAAGGAGAAGGAGGUCUGAGAACUAUUAGUCUGAAAAUCUACCCUCAUGGAGAAGUUGAAGUUCAGGAGAUCUUCAUUAUUAGGUUGAGCCUUGUGAAAGGUGAAACAGAAAUAGACCCCAAGGCUACCAACAUUACCCUAAUAAUACAGAAGUUUGGUGAUCCCAAUGGAAUUGUGCAGUUUGCUCCUGAAUCAUUAUCUAGUAAGCACUAUGAGGAGCCAUCAGUCUUGGAAGGGCCAGAGAAUAUUACACUUUUCAUCAAACGAGUCCAAGGCACUCUGGGGAACAUAAUGGUUCACUGGAAGCUGAGUAGUGAUUCUGAUACUACAGGUGACUUCCUUGCAACAGGGGGUUCUGUCUCCAUUGCUGAAAAUCAGAGUGCAGCAGAGAUCAUUAUUCAUCUGUUACCAGAUGAUGUUCCAGAAGUAGAUGAGAAUUAUGUGGUAGAGCUGGUUUCAGUGGAAGGAGGAGCAGAUUUGGAUCAGGACAAGAGAGUUUUGAGAUUCACUGUGUUAGCAAACGAUGACCCCCAUGGAGUGUUUGCCUUGUACUCUGAUAGGCAGUCAGUAUUGAUAGAGAGAGACUUGAGCCGGCACAUUCAGAUGAAUAUAACUCGAUAUUCUGGGACAUUCGGAGAUGUGAGUGUUGAGUACCGAAUCUCAUCUCAUCAUGAAGAACCAGUAAUCACUCCUGAGAAUACAGUGGGAUGUCUGCUGGUGAAAGAUGGUGCCAGCUUUGGUGUGAAGAGAGUGCCAAUAAGCAGCCAGGUGUUUCUCUUACUGGGCUUGAAUUUCACUCUGGAACUGACCAAUGCAAGCCUGAUAAAUGGAAGUGCCAAUUAUAUGCCUAAAAUAAUAUUAGGAAGAGCAAAAUCAGCUACUCUGUCUAUUCCGGAGGAAGCUGCCAAUUCUCAGGUUGGCUUUGAGUCUCUCAUUUUACAACUUACAAACAUUAUAGAAGGGACAGGCGAAGCUGUGAUAACCAGAAAAGGAGUGUAUGGCUCUGUAACAGUUAGCUGGACUUCUGGAUACCCACUUGAUUUAAUCCCAGAGUUUGUUCAUCCAGGCAACAUUACACCUGGAUUUGGUAAUGUUACAUUUUCUUAUGGUGAACAAAACAAAGUAAUUUCAUUUCAUGUUAUUCCAAGCUUAAGUAGACGGGAGGCAUUUGCUAUCCAUCUAACAUCAGUGUACAGCAAUGUGCCUGGUGGAGCUUACCUGAGGUCAGGAUUCACAGUAGCUGAAAUUGAGCCAAUGGGUGUCUUCCAAUUUUCUCCUAACUCAAGACAUGUUUCAGUUGAAGAAGAUGUGCAGAUGAUCAGAUUGCAUGUCCAAAGAUUGUUUGGGUUCCAAAGCAACCUCACUAAAUUGACCUAUCAGACUAUUGCAGGAAGUGCCAAACCUUUAGAAGACUUUGAACCUGUUCAAAAUGGAGAGCUUGUGUUUGGACAUUUUCAGGCAGAGGCUGUAGUUGAAAUAUCAAUCGUCGAUGACACAAUUUCUGAGAUGGAUGAAGUAUUUUUUGUAAAGUUAACUUCAGUUGAAGUUUUGGCCAUUGAAAAAUUUAAUCCUAAUAGGAAUCCACGUUUGAAUCCAGAUCUUAGUGUUUCAGCAGUUACGGUAUUAGCCAAUGAUAUUGUUCACGGAAUCAUCAGUCUUGGGCCAGGAUUUAUUUAUACUGAGGAAGACACAAACAACAGUACACCCAACACAGUGAUACUUAAUAUCAGAAGAACCCAGGGCUUUGCUGGUGAUGUCAAAGUAACUGUUAAAACCUUUGGUGGAGUGAGUGCACAGAGUGGGAUCAAUGAAUUUCCUUUUGAGAAUGUGUAUGGAAAUUCUAACCUGACAUGGGCAACUGAAGGGAUGGACUUUGAGGAACAGAUUAUAUCUGUGACACUGCUGGAUAGAGAGAAAGAAAGCAAAGUGUCUAUCAGAAUUCUUGAUGAUGAUGAGCCCGAAGGGCAAGAAUUCUUCUAUGUUUUCCUCUCAGACCCUCAAGGUGGAGCUCAGAUUGUGGAGGGAAAGGAUGAAUAUGGGUUUGCAGCUUUUGCAACAAUAAUUAUCACAGGGAAUGAUCUUCAAAAUGGCAUUUUGGGAUUCAGUGCAGAGGUACAAAGUGGCCUUGUGCUUGAUGAAGAUUCUGAAAGCAGGGAGGUGCAGCUGAUAGUCACAAGGCAACCAAACAGGGCUUUUGAAGAUGUGAAGAUCUUUUGGCGGGUGACCUUUAAUAAAACAUCUGUUGUCCUUCAGAAGGAUGGAGUAAACCUCGCAAAUGAGCUGUUGGCUGUGUUAGGGGUUACCACCUGCAUGGCAGGUCAAACAAUAUGCAACAUCUCCGUUGGAAUAAAACCUGAUAAUGUACCUGAAUUUGAAACUUAUUUUUUGGUUGAGUUGUAUGAAGUAAGCUCAGGAGCAGCAUUAAACAGCAGUGCCAGAUUUGCCUACAUAACUGUUCCAGAAAAUGAUUUUCCUCGUGGCCUGCUAUAUUUUGCUGUGGGAUCUCGUCUGGCUGUGGCUAAUAAAAAGACCACUUUAAUCAGUUUGCAGGUGGUUAGAGACUCCAGUACAGCGUUAACCACCUCAGUUAGUUAUAAUAUGCAGGAGCUGAAAAGACCUGAAGCUGUUGGUCGCACCUUCAUAUCACCAGCUAUUUCAGGACAGGAUUUUGCCAGAUCUGAGGGCAUACUGACUUUUGAACCUGGACAGAGAAAUGCUGUAGUGGAUGUAACACUGACUCCAGAGAUAGGAUCCUUACAUCCAUUUCCUAAGCGUUUCCAGGUUGUGCUUUCUAACCCCACAGGGGGUGCCAGAGUAGAUGAUGCAUAUGGUAUUGCCAACAUCACAAUUGUCUCAGAUUCAGAUGCCCAAUCAGUCUGGGGGCUGGCUGACCAACUGUACCAGCCACUUGAUGAUAUCAUUUUGAACAGGGUCCUCCAGAGCUUAAAUGUCAAAAUUUCCACAGAAACUACGGAAGAACAGCUCGCUGCUGUGAUUCACAUAAUAGAUAAGGUAAUGGUUGAAGGUGAAAAACAGGUGCUCACUGAUAAAAGCCGAAAUCUUUUCUAUGAGAUACUCUGUGCUCUUGCUAGCCCAAAGCGCAAGGAUACACAGGGCUACAGUCUGCUUGCUGAAGUUACUGAGAAAUUUGCCUUUUCCCUCGCGACUGGAGUAAAAUGUGGAUCACCUGGUGAAAAAGGCAAAACCAUCCUUGACAGCUGCCCGUACAUUGCAAUAAUGGCCCACCACUGGUAUCCUCAGCAAAUCAAUGGACACAAAUUUGAUGGAAAAGAUGGGGAUUCAAUCAGAUUUCCUGAGCGCUUGUUAGAGGUCUCCAUUGCCUCCUCCCCUCCUAGAGAUGAGAACUGUAAAUUUGUACAGUUUACAGAAUACAGCAGCCAACAAUGGUUUAUAACUGGUGAUAAAAGAACUGCUCUAAAAAACAAGAUUUUUUCAAUGAGUUUGAAGGGUCAGAGUUCAUAUCCACUGAAAGACAACAAUGAAGUUAUCUACCGGAUUUAUUCUGCAGACAGUCGGAUUGUUCCACAUAAAUCUCUGUGCCUCCUUUGGAAUCAGGCUGCAGAAAGCUGGUUGUCUGAUAGUCAGUUCUGCAAAGUGGUUGAUGAUACUUCAGACUACAUACAAUGCUCCUGUUCUCACAUGUCCAUUUACGCUGUGUAUGCCCAGACAGACAACUUGUCCUCAUACAAUGAAGCUUUUUUCUCUUCUGGAUUCAUCUGUAUUUCAGGUUUCACUUUGGCAAUUCUUUCACAUCUUUUCUGUGCCAGGUGUUCCAUGUUUGCAGCUAAACUUCUUACUCAUAUGAUGGUUGCCUCUUUGGGUUCUCAGAUUUCGUUUCUUGCCUCAGCUUACAUAAGUCAAGAGCUCUCAGAGGAAAGCUGCUCUGCCCUGGGAUCUAUUACACAUUACCUUUACCUUUGCCAGUUUAGCUGGAUGCUCGUUCAGGCUAUUAAUUUCUGGUAUGUCCUGGUGAUGAAUGAUGAACACACACAGCGGCGCUAUCUGCUUUUCUUCCUUUUGAGUUGGGGACUUCCAGCUUUCGUUGUGAUUCUGCUAUUAAUUAUCCUGCGAGGGGUCUAUCAUCAGAGCAUGGCACAGAUAUAUGGCCUGGUCUAUGGCGAUCUAUGCUUUAUUCCAAAUGUCUAUGCUGCCCUCUUCACUGCUGCUCUCGUACCAUUAAUGUGCCUGGUGGUGGUAUUUGUGGUAUUCAUUCAUGCCUACCAAGUGACUCCCCAGUGGAAAGCAUAUGAUGAUAUUUUCAGAGGAAGAACCAAUGCUGCAGAGAUCCCACUGGUCUUAUACCUGUUUGCCCUGAUUUCCAUUACAUGGCUUUGGGGAGGACUGCACAUGGCUUACAGGCACCUCUGGAUGUUAGUCUUCUUUGUUAUCUUCAACAGCCUGCAGGGUCUUUACGUCUUUGUGGUGUAUUUUAUCCUACACAACCAGCUUUGUUGCCCUGUGAAAGCAAGUUACACCAUAGAUAUGAAUGGACAUACAAGCCCAGGCUCCGCCUUCUUCACACAUGGCAGUGGGAUGCCCCCAGCAGGAGGAGAGAUCAGCAAGUCUACUCAGAACCUGAUCAGUGCUAUAGAAGAGGUGCCAGCAGACUGGGAGAGGGCAUCCUUGCGGCCAGCUAGUCAGGCCAGUGCUGCUUUUAAGCAGAGCCCGCAAAAUGGGCAUGCCUUCAACACUUCUGGAGGAUUUAGUAACAGCUCAUUGGUGUCUGACGAGGAAUCACAAGAGUUUGAUGACUUAAUAUUUGCUUUAAAAACUGGUGCAGGCCUCAAUAUCAGUGAUAAUGAUUCCUACCAUGGCAGCCAGGAUGGAGGCAGCAUGGCUAACUCCCAGAUUGUAGAACUUAGAAGAAUACCCAUAGCAGACACUCACCUCUAACACCAUUUGUUGUUUUUUU